UCGUUACACUCUUCUUCCAACUAAUGACAAGUGACCGGUGACCGAACAUUUGAACAAAAAUAAAAACCGCCAUCGAAUCGAACCAAUCGAUCGGAGAAGAAGCAAUAAGCAUUUAAAGUUUUACAUGGACAACAAAAACGUCGUCGUUUGCGACAAUGGCACUGGGUAUGUGAAGUGUGGAUUUGCCGGAGAGAAUUUUCCGACCUCUGUAUUUCCUUGUGUGGUAGGACGGCCCAUGUUACGCUACGAAGAAUCUCUUAUGGAAGAGCAGCUGAAGGAUACUGUUGUUGGAGAUGCUUGUGCUGACUUGAGGCAUCAACUGGAUAUAUCAUAUCCUGUGAACAAUGGAAUUAUUCAGAAUUGGGAUGAUAUGGGUCAUGUUUGGGAUCAUGCCUUUUUCAAUGAACUUAAAAUAGACCCAGCAGAAUGUAAGAUUUUACUUACUGAUCCACCUCUUAAUCCCUCAAAAAACCGUGAAAAAAUGGUUGAGACCAUGUUUGAGAAAUACAACUUUGCCGGUGUCUUCAUUCAAAUUCAAGCUGUUUUAACAUUGUACGCCCAAGGUUUGUUGACGGGAUUAGUCAUAGACUCUGGCGAUGGCGUAACUCAUGUGGUUCCCGUUGUUGAUGGCUACUCAUUUCCUCAUUUGACUAAGCGAAUGAACGUAGCUGGUCGGCACAUUACCUCCUAUCUUGUUGAUUUGCUUUCAAGGAGAGGGUAUGCAAUGAAUAGGACUGCUGAUUUUGAGACUGUUAGGGAAAUUAAAGAAAAGCUUUGUUAUAUAAGUUAUGAUUACAAGAGAGAGUAUCAGUUGGGGCUUGAGACCACGAUCCUUGUUAAAGAUUACACUCUGCCAGAUGGACGAAUAAUAAAAGUAGGCACUGAGAGGUUCCAGGCACCUGAGGCUCUUUUUACACCAGAACUUAUAGAUGUUGAAGGCGAUGGAAUGGCUGAUAUGGUUUUUCGCUGCAUCCAGGAAAUGGAUAUUGACAAUCGAAUGAUGCUAUACCAACAUAUAGUAUUAAGUGGAGGAAGCACCAUGUAUCCUGGAUUACCUAGCCGCUUGGAGAAAGAAAUACUUGAUCGCUAUCUUGAAGUUGUUCUAAAGGGAAACAAAGAUGGACUGAAGAAGCUGCGGUUGCGAAUUGAGGAUCCGCCGCGAAGAAAGCAUAUGGUGUACCUUGGAGGUGCAGUUCUUGCUGGAAUUAUGAAGGACGCUCCGGAGUUCUGGAUUAGCAGAGAGGAUUAUCUAGAAGAAGGAAUUGCUUGUCUGAACAAGUGCGGUUAGCCUACCUAUCGGAAGCGUUCUUCGUCUACACCGGGAGACGGGCAUAUACAAAUGCACAUGUCAAAGACCUAGUUAAAGGGAUUGCUACUCAUCCUGCCUUGUGCUAUAGUGCAGAAGGAAAUUGAUAAAACUACCAACAAAAGCUUCAUGGCGUGGUUUAUCUUGCCAGGAUGAAAAGAAACGACGUGGUUCAGAUUUCUUUGAAUAAUGCAAUUUUUUUUGUUAGAAGAAAUUAGUUCAAUUAAGGAUAUAUUAAUUUUUUUUAUGUAAUUAACUACUUUCUAAAUGAAAACAAGCUUAUAAUUUGGGACGUUUAAAAUAAA